UGUGUGACGUCAUAUUACUGGGACGAAGCAGUCUCAGGACAUUGCUUGUUGAAUGUGGAUUUAAUAAACGUCCCAUGAUUGGACAACCAAUUUGUAUUCGCAAUGUUGGCUUGUAAACGGAGCCUGUCCAGCACCAUGAUGUCUGCCCUCCGGUUUCUUCGCAAUAAUGAAGUAACGGUGCAGAGAUGUCUGUCUACACAAACAGAACGAGAGGUCCGCAUCGCCAACAUCCUGAGGGAGAAGUUUCCGUUAGCCUCUUCACUCAAAGUUGUGGAUAUAUCAGGUGGUUGUGGAGCCAUGUAUGAGAUUCAUAUAGAGUCCAGUGAGUUCAAAGGAAAAAGGACUGUUCAGCAACACCAACUAGUCAAUCAGGCACUCAAGGAUGAGAUUCAAGGAAUGCAUGGACUGCGAAUAUUCACUGAUGUUCCAAAACACUAGAGCAAGUUCCUCCACUGUCAAGCCACAGGGCUGUAUUUUGUUCUUCCCAUCCAUUGUGAAUGUAGAGUUUUAAUGGGAACGUGUGCCAGUAAUUUAAUAGUGAGAUAUCUUCUUCACUGAGAUAACACAUAACAUCAGAAUCAGCUUUCUUGGUGAGGUUUGUUGAACACAUGAGGAAUUUGAGUUUGGUACAGUGAUGAAGGCAAUGAUACGCACAAAAUGACUUGGUUAAAUGUCAAGUCGUGUAGGUUUCUUCCCAAUUCUGGGUCUUCUCAGGGUUGAAAUGAUGCUGAUGUAAUAAAAAGCAGUCCUGGAAUAACACAUACAAAACUAUCAUAAAUAUUGGAGAAUUGCUACAUUGGGAAAAAUCAGUUUGUGGAACAUUAUUUUACUAACACUGUACUGUUCCAUGUAAUGUGAUUGAUUUUAAAUUAGCUAUCCAUUGGAUUGCACAUGGACCUUGUAUUUAUGCUACCUAUGCACUGAUAAUGCAAGUUUCAAUAAAAAGCAGCUGCUUUAGCCCACACAUUUAUUUCACUGU